AUUGUUUACUCCGGACGCUACUAUUGGUUGGUUGCUAACUGUUGUUUGUAACAAAGAACUAUAGGAAGACAUGCGCAUACAAUAUAUUGGCUUGAUAUAAGGGUGGCAAUUUGCACGGUCUGACCAAAACUUUACUACCAACAUUUUUAUAUAGGCACUGACAUUUCUUUGAAAUCGAUUCGCAGAAUACCAUGGCAGCAGCAAACGAGUUGAGUGCUGGGGACUGCGUUGUCGCUAGGCGGGGCGAUGGACAAGAGUCAGAGGGCCCCUGUGGUGGCUCUGGGUCUAUGCAGGUGGAUGCCACGCCUCAGUCCCAUAGCUUCAGGUACAGCCUCCGCUACCCAAGCAUUGGCCAGUGUAUCAUCAUUAACAACAAGAACUUUGACAGAAGAACAGGUAUGAAUGUACGCAAUGGCACAGAUGUGGAUGCAGGCAACGUAAUGAAGGUGUUUGGGAAACUGGGUUAUAAGGUGAAGGUUUACAAUGACCAGACAGUGGACCAGAUCAAGCAUGUUUUAACCACAGCCUCCAAGGAGGACCACAGUUGCUACGCUUCGUUUGUGUGUUGCCUGCUGAGUCACGGGGAUGAUGGCGUGUUCUUCGGGACGGAUGCCUCCAUCGAGCUCAAGAGCCUCACCAGCCUGUUCCGGGGCGACCGCUGCAACUCGCUGGUGGGCAAGCCCAAACUCUUCUUCAUCCAGGCUUGCAGAGGUACUGAUCUGGACAGGGGCAUCGAGGCAGACAGCAGUUCAGAUGGGAGUUCGACCAGGAUCCCUGUGGAAGCAGAUUUCCUCUAUGCCUACUCCACAGCUCCAGGCUACUACUCAUGGAGGAACACGCAGACUGGCUCCUGGUUUAUUCAAUCUCUGUGUGAGAUGAUUGGCAAGUACAGCAAAGAGCUGGAAGUCCAACACAUCCUGACCCGGGUCAACCACAAGGUGGCGACAGAGUUUGAGUCUGCGUCAAACUCUCCCGGCUUCGAUGCCAAGAAGCAGAUCCCCUGCAUUGUAUCAAUGCUGACCAAAGAGAUGUACUUUACACCCUGAAAGGAGAAAGGUGUGAAGAAGCUCCUCAUUUACCUGGUCCCAGAUCGGUUUUAGCUGUCUCGCCAACUCCUAUGGUCACUGUUAUAGGAGUUGGCAAGAGAGGAAAAACAGACCUGGUACCAGCAUCUGAGUGAGGGCAAUAGAUGUGUGUUUGUUUUGGUUGUGGAUUGUAUUAGCUGAAUUAAACACCACUGCUCAAUCGCUCUAGCUCAAGUUGGACUUGGUUUAAACUUGUAGGCUUAAGUAUCAUAUUUUAUGUUGGAGGUUGAAACCUCUGUCAUGCUUUCAGCCUGAUGUCAUGCACAGAGAAGUUGACUCUUCUUCAGGGUAGAGGUCAGUUCACGUUUCAAUUCCAUCAACUGAGUAAGUGUGAAAUCCUAAUUGUAAAUGUUACAUUUAAAUAACUUCCUAAAUGCACUGAUUGAUUUGAAAGUUGAAUUGACCCCAACCCUGUUUCUUACAGAAUGAUCCCUUGUGUGUAACGUUUUGGGAGUAGAUUGCAGGGGUAGUGUGUAGUAAUCAAAUCAUGGAUGUGCAACUCAUCUACAAGCACCAGCAUUUCUCCCUCAUUUUACUCAUACUGUUUUCUUUAAACAUUUUAUUUAAAAUUUUUACAAUGUCUAGAACCACACAUUUUGUUGGAUACUUGAAUGAGUAGUCAAAGUGCAUUUCUGAAGGGAUUCUGUUGCAUUUGUCUUGUGUGGGUUUAAAUUGUUGAUAUUUUUUUAAUUGCAGGAUAUUGUGUAGGUCCGUUUUAUAGUUAUUCUGUGAAAAAAACAAUCUUGUUAAAUUAAUUCUGCAGAAAUAAGGCUUGCUUGCCCUUCCGCCUUCUUUCAUGGAAUCAGUGUCUCUUUCAGUCCGCUCCAAAGUGGGUCAAUUGAAAGCUCUUCCUGACCUGAACAUAACCAAAUGCUUAUUCUGUUUGUAGGUUAGAAACAUUUGCUCCUGUCCUGGCGUAACAAAUGUAUGGUAUGUUGAUAGGAUGUGUAUGCUGAUAGUAGACAGGAUGUGUCCUCUAACUUGGCAGAGACAUUUUGUCUAUAUAUUUAAGGCCCAGUUGUAGAAGCUUAAAGGUGCACUCCAGUAGUGAUGUGUGGGUCAGCUGUUUGUUCACCCACCCGCAAUUGCUAAUAACCCAUCUGCAACCACCCAACUAUAUGUGAUAAAGUGAAAAUGCAAUAAGAUUUUCAGCGCAAAAUGUACACAUGACAUCAGUUUGACAGGAAUUAAAGCUGUGAAAAUGACCUAACAUGUUUCUGAUAAGAUUUCAGUUCAGCUGCAAGAACUGCUUAAUUCUGCAGGAGUUAUAUUUAUAUUAUAAAUAGUCAUAAUGGUGCCAGAGGAGAUGGCCUUUAACCAAUUGUGCAUUUUUGUAUGUGUUUUUUCACGUUAUUUGUAACUUAUUUUGUACAUAAUGUUUCUGCCACCGUCUAUUAUGACCGAAACGAGCUUCUAGAUAUCAGAACAGUGAUAAUUCACCUCAAACUGGACAGCCACACUGAUCCUCACCCCUGAGGGGCCCCAGUGUUGUGUGCUUAGUCCCCUCCUGUACUCCCUGUUCACGCCAUCACACGCAUGUUGAUUUUUAUCCAUCCACACCAGAUGCGAUCAGAACACACAGGUGGAAAUAUCAAAACGAAUUCUGAACCAAUUACAUUAAUUUCGGGACAGGUUAAGCAAACAUUUAUGACAAUUUAGCUAGCUUGCUGUUGCUAGCUAAUUUGUCCUGUGAUAUAAACAUUGGUUUGUUAUUUUACCUGAAAUGCACAAGGUCCUCUACCUUGACAAUUAAUCCACAGAUAAAACGGUAAACUGAGUUCUUUUUCUAGUAAUCUCUCCUACUUCAGGCUUCUUUUUCUUUGGACUUUAAAUAGUGGUUGGCAACCAACUUUAAGGUGCAUUACCACUACCAACUGGACUGGAGUGUGGACCUCACUUCAUCUUUCAAUCACCCACGUGGGUAUAUUCUCCUAAAAACCAAUGAGAUGACACGUGGGUGCAUGCUCCUAAAAACCAAUGAGGAAAUGGGAGUGGCGAGAAAGAUGUAAACCGUCAUUGCCUCUUGAUCACAUUUGUCAUACUGUAAUUGUUUUGAAUUUCACUUAGUUGGUGAGGUUCUCGAAGCUCCAACAAUUAUAGUUACAGUUUUCGGUUCCGCUUUAUGGCGCAAAAAUCAUAUUUACAUUAUAGUCAGAUAGGUAAAGCGUAACUACAGAUUAGGCACAUUGUUACAGAGUGCAAUUUAUUGUGAUAGCAGUUUACAGUUGUGUCAAUACACAUUGGGAUAUUCUCACAUUAGAUUAGCAAACAUUGUACGAUGUAGCGAUGUGUACUGUUAGGGUUCGUUCCUUUCCUCCUUGUCAAUCAUUGGUGAAAUUAGCAUUAUGACAAUAUAUUUAAUUAAAUCUUUCAAAUAACUUUAUUAAUGCAAUUGCAGACAGAAGUUGACAAUCAGGAACAUAUCACGCAUGUUUCUGAGUAAGUUCUGCAUCAAACAAAAAGUCUCAAGUUGUUUUGUUACACCCUCAGUCUAGCCUGGUGAUGUCACUACCUACGUCAUUAGCUUUUUACUCCUGAGACCAAAACCCUGCCUACCAAGCUAUAUAAACAAUGGCUUUUAGUGUUAUCCAAAACUUAGCAAUAAACAUCCACUCCCCAAAGUUGAUUUAUUGUGGAAUGUUUGACUAGUCUUAUCUCCUCCACUCCCCUGCAGAGCUUCUUCUUCACAGUCACACAUUACUAGGAGGGGCCUCUUUUUAAUGAGGCAGAGAGAGAGAAUUAGAAAACAACUGGAACAAUAUUAAAAUCUCAUAAUGUAUAUAUAUAUAUAUUGUUAAUCUGUAGUCUAGGACCCUACUAAUGUAAGGAGGGUCUUAUAACCCCUCCCCUUCUAUUAAUACAACAUAAGAAUAAUCAAUUAUUGUAAUACAUCAAACAUCUUGGUACAACCCUUUUCAUGACCCCUAGGUGAACCCGACAGUACCUACAAAGUAAUUAGGCCUACCAUGUAAAUAAAUGAUUAUAUUGUCAUUUUAAAGUAGGACCGUUUUUCAUAUUUACAUUGUCUAAUUCAAUGCAUGGAGUUUUGAUGGAUUUUUGCUAAUAACUUUUUAAUACUGUCCUUUGGUGAUAUGGUUGUCCAUAGAGAAAAAUGUAUGUAUUACCUUUGUCCAUAAGCUGUCUCUGUACAACAUGAUUACAUCAUGUCCAAUGUUCCCACAUAUUUUUUUAAUCACUGAGCAAAUUUCAGGUCUGCUGAGCGCAAACUUUAAUGUUGCGAAAAUUCUGUGCAACUUCCGGCGCGCGUUUACUGUGAACACUGUACCUGCUUUAAGUUAUUUUUAACAGUGGUCAAGUAGGCUACUGUGGCUAUUUGGUAAUAAUAUAGGCCUAACAUGCACACAGUCUAUUUUACACUGUUAGUUCUAUUGAGUGCAAUGAAAAAAUACUCUGCUCCAUUGUCAUAGAAACUGUACCAUCCUUAAUAAUUUUAUGUCCUCACAUUUUGUAUAGUCAGUACCACCUGCUGUCUACAGAAAAUAAAAGUAGUUUUUUGGA